GGGGCAGUUAAAAAUGGCUUUCCAAAGGUUUGUGUGCUGUUUCUUUGUGAUGAUCAUUGUCUUAUGCAAAGACUGUCAUUCACAGCAGCCUGCAUGUGUUAAAAAGGCUUUAAAAAGCGUCCCAUUCCUUCUACGUCAAGCUACAACCCCAGUAAACUGGCCCUGGCUGGCAUUUAUAACUGUUUUUAAGCAGUUUAAGUGUGGAGGGUCCCUCAUCAGUGACCAGUGGGUGCUGACAGCUGCUCAGUGCAUAUCACCUCAAGAGAUCGGUGACACAGCUGUGUUUCUGGGCGUCCAGAAUCUGACAGGUCCAUUUCCACCUGUAGUGGGUCUAAGAGUUGAUAAAAUCAUCUGCCAUCCUGACUACAGCAAUUUGACCCUCAAAAACAACAUUUGUCUGCUGAAGCUGUCCACUCCUGUGAAUUUCACAGACUACAUUCAGCCAAUCUGCUUAGCUGCAGAAAACAGCACUUUCUAUGCUGGGACUAACACCUGGCUCACUGGCUUUGGUAUAACGAGUAACCUCACGUUCCCCAACAUCCUGCAGGAGGCAAAUGUGCCAGUAGUGGGAAACAAUGAGUGCCAGUGUUACUAUGAAGACUUGACGUUCUCCAGUAUUACAGAGAACAUGAUCUGCACUGGACUCCAAGCUGGAGGGACGAGCUCAUGUUAUGGAGAUGGAGGGGGAGCGCUCAUGAUCGAAACAGGUUCAGUCUGGAUCCAAAUUGGAAUUGUGAGUUUCAGUGUCGGCUGCGCCCGACCUCUGAGACCUGAAGUCUACACUCGUGUGUCCCAGUACCAGAAAUGGAUCAGUGACACCAUCACCGACACAGAACCAGGCUUUGUCUCCUUCACCUCUACAGGCACUGACAGCGACUUGAGCUUUAAUUGUUCAGCAUUUGUACCACCUGCCCCUGCCCCUGUCCCUACCACUGCCCCUGCCCCUGUCCCUACCACUGCCCCUGUCCCUGUCCCUACCACUGCCCCUGUCCCUGUUCCUAACGUUGAUGUGUGUGACAGUGUGUUUUGCAGUGGUGAAAAUUUGAUCCACUUCACUCCCUUCACCUCACUCUGUGUUCUCAUUGCAUUGCUCCAUAUGUUUAUUGGAAGCACUAAAAUGUAACUCAACUCAUGUACUCAAGUACUUUGCGUAAGUACAAACUUACAUACUUUAAAUCAGAACUCUUCCUUUAUGGCAAACAAUUAAACAAGGAAUAUUAUAUAUCUUAUACCUAGGAUCUUUUAUGGGAAAUCCUUAUUUCUUUACUUUAUUAAUGAAAGUACGUCUUUAAAACAUUAUUAUUAAAGCUUUGUGCUGUGUUAACAUCAAAUACAUCAACAGCUGAAACAAUGAGCAGAUUAACAUUUGGACACAAAAUAUUUUUUGUCAAAGAUGAUUUGUUAUCCUUUCGUUAAAAAUUUUAUUAAUAACUGGUUUAAUUUUCAAUACUUUCUUAAGUUUUGACUGUGUGUUGAAUAUUGUGGAGGGGAUAAUACAUUUGCAAUUGUCAUCAGCAAAAAUCAUUUUAAAACAAUUCCAGGGAGUGAAUUGAAGUAUUUCAGGUUUUAAUUUUUUUAAAAUCAUGUUUUGUUAUAGAAUUUUGUCAAUCGAAAUGUUUAAUAAUUUAAACAUAAAUACAAUAAAAUAAAAA